AUGCAAAUAAUAAGGUUAAAGGUUAUUAAAGAUGGAUUUGGAUUUGUUAAACUUAAAAUCAACUGUUCAGAUGACAUAUGGGAGUUGUAUAAUCUAAUUAUACCUGGUGAUAGCGUGAGGUCUAUUACAUACAGAAAAGUAUACAAAGAAUACGGUACUGGCUCAUCAUCUGUAAAAGUUCAUCGUUUAAUGUUGACUUUGAUUGUAAAAGGAUGUACUUAUGAAGGAGAUUGCCUUCGUAUUAGUGGUCUUAAUGCUGUAGAGAAUGAGUUUGUUAAAGUUGGACAGCAUCAUACAAUAGAUAUUAAAGUAGAUAGUGAACUGAUUUUAUACAAGAAGUCUUGGGAUUGGCUAUCUAAAAAAAAGUUAAUGGAAUGUUCAGAUGAAUCUAAUGUUAAGAAAAAUGAUAUCUGUAUAUUAUUGAUGGACAAUAAUGGUUUAGCUAAUUUUUAUAUAGCAACUAAAACUAGUAUUAAACACUUAUUUAAUGUAACUCAUAAUAUAUCAAAAAAAAGAGGUGAUAACUCUUAUAGAGAUAGUAAAUAUAAUUUUUUUGAAAAAAUUAAUAACAGCCUAAAACAAAAUUUAGAUUUGAAUAAUAUAGAUUGUAUUAUUACAGCUGGACCAGGAUUCAUGAAGGACGAUUAUUUGGAUUAUAUUAAAAAUACUUCUUUACAUAAAGACAAGGAGUUCUCGAAGUUAAUAUAUAAUAAGAAGCAUAUAUUUUUAAUAGCAAAGGCAUCUAAUGCUAACAAACCAGCAGUUGAAGAAUUAUUGUCUAGUGAAGAACUACAAGAUAGACUGAAGGAUACAAAAGCAUUUAUACAGGUUCAAAUGCUAAACAAGUUUCAUAUGUAUAUUUGUAAUAAACCUUCAAUGGUAUGCUAUGGUCCUAAUCAUGUAAAAAAAGCCUUAGAAAAUAAUGCUGUAGAUACAUUAUUAUUAUGUGAUUCGCUACUACGUUGUUUUGAUACCUCUAAAAGGAGGUUUAUUACAAAUCUUGCUGAAUUAAAUACUAAUCUUGGUGGGAAGUUAUAUAUUUAUUCUGAAAAUCAUUUCUCUGGGCAACAAUUACAAAAACUUUCAGGUAUAGCUGCCAUACUUCGUUUCCCUAUGUUAGAAGAAGAAUUUGAAGAUGAAGAUAACCAAAUUCUAGACAAUAUAAAUAGUUGUACAAAUAAUGAUAAUGAAUUUGCUAGUAAUUACGUUAGUUCAAAUGGUCAAAAGUCAUUUGUUGAACAAAUUCAAGAUGAAAUUGAUGAGGACAGUAGCUAUUGUGAAAAGCUAGGUAAUCUAAAGAUAUAA